AUGCAGGAACUAUAACUGUUUGAAUAGGGAGGUAGGGGGAGAAUCCAAUCCGGUUUGAGCUAGUUUUUCUUCCAAUGGAACAUUAACGUCUCCCUGCGCUGUAUUAGACUGUACUGGCAAAGCUUUAUCCAGAAUAUACCACUGUACUUUCUCCUGUAUUCAGUUACAUUUAGCUAUUUUUAAACCCACAAACCAACCAUGCCUAAAAGGAGCAAAGCAGGUGCAGGUGACUCAGAGCCCAAGAGGAGAUCUCUCAGGUUGAAAGAUAGACCUGAAACUGCAAAGCCAGAGCCCAAACCUAAGCCAAAGAAGGGACCUGCUAAGCCUAAGAAAGCUAAGGAGGUGGAAAAGGCCAAGCCAGAAGAGAAGGCGCCGGAGGCUCCUGCUGAGAAUGGCGAAGCCAAAGCUGAGGAAGAGGCACCCACUACAGAUGGAGCUGAACAAAAAGAUAAGGCAGCAGAAUAACAUCUCUCAAGCCACGUCUUUUACCAGUGCUCCCUGUACCUCUUUUCUUGUACAAUUCAGGGGAAUAUUUUUAUCAACUAUUUUCUAAAUACAGGUUUUUUUAGUAGUUUGAUUGUAGAGAACACUUUUUUAAAUGAAAGAGGGGAAAAAAAACAAGUCAAUUGGAGACGGGGAAUUUCAUCACAUCUCACAAUUGUGCAUCGCCAUGAAAAUUGCGGUCAUUGUUGUUACUGUCAGUGGAUUUUUUUAUUUUAUUUUAUUUUUCAGUUUGUGUAAAUGUGAAGGAGUGGAGGGUGCGGGACAGGUUACCGUGUCGGCACACAAGCAUGACGUUCACAGGAGCUGGGGAAACAACUGGAAGAGCUUGCCUGCGUGGAUUACAUUCCAUAUGCUUUAUAAGGGACAGUGUGUGUAAUCUGUGCCGGGGUGGGGCUUGACAAAGUCACAGGGCACCUCAUUCUCUUAUUGUUUUUAUUGAAGAACAGUGUUUUAGGGUGUGUGUAAAAGCUUUGUUCCUAUUUGUUAACUCUUGUACUGAUGCAGUUUUCUUAACAAAUCUGACCAAUAAACCUAAAACCCCUAGUACUGCGGCUCUCUCUUUCAGAACUGUGCAUUGCGUGUGUUGGUUGUGUCUGUUCUGUGAUAGCAUUGCAAUGAAUUUGUAUAGUUGCUGUGAAAAAGGAUUUCAAUCUUUCUGUAUGCAGUGUGUAAUGGUACUUUGUAAGGAUGGUAAAAAUGGAAUUUGUUCCUCUUUUUUUUUCUUUUCUUUUUGGGCCACAUUAAUGUGGUAUGUAACCGUUAAAAAAAUAGAUUGGCUUAAAGGCCAACAAACUGUACAUUUAUUUGAAAUGUCAAAUGCAUACCAGCAGUAGCAAUAUUCAUGUGGGUUUUAGGUAUUUGUGUCAAGUACAAGUGUGCGGUUUCUCAUGAUUUGUUUAUAGAUGUAACUGUGUAUGAUUGUUAUCAACAAACCAAUAAAACUCAGUUGGUAGUUGUUA